CCAAUACUAGUCUUCGUUGUCUUGUGGAAAAAGUUGGGUGAUAUUUUUCGAUUUAACUCAUUUUGACGUUUAUUUAUUGCUUAUUUCGACUCAACCCUACGAAUCAGAGCUAACGAGAAGCGCUUGCUGAGCGGGCGCAACUGGAAAUUCAAAGACUGAAACCCGCAAACCCCCAUUUUCCCCAAAAUAGAAAACAGAAACUAUAUCGCUGCACCAAAAGCACCUGCACUGAGACGUGGACAGGGGAGAGAGAGAGGUGUGUGUGCAUCGCGAUUUCUAAUCACUCGCAAGACUUUCUUCCACAAAAAGUAAACCCGAAAAGAGCCCGCAGCCCAGCCAUUAAGAACUGUGCCACCGUUUACCCCCCAAAAACGCCGUCCAAUUCCGUAAGCCCCAGAAGGCAAAUGUAAUUAAAUAACAGGGAGAACACAGAGCAGACACACAUAGAGAGAAAGAGAGAUAGAAAGAUAGAGAAGUGGGGCACCUGGCGGCGGGCAGGGCGUUUUUUCAGAGUUUCGCUUUGAAUCUGGACAACGAAGACGACAAGACCGAACCAUAACACUCAAACAUGAAUGGACAGGCACCGAGCGUUGGCGCCUCCAAGCUGGAUUUAUACAUUACGCACCUGGAUCAUGUAGGCCCGUACCUGAAGGUCUACGGCCAGGUCAACCAUGAUGCCGCCAUUCUUGUCAGCAAGGGCAUCGAGCAGGUGCUGCCCGCCUGCUUCAGCAUUGAGCCCAGUUGGAGCGUGGAGCGCCAACAGGCCCUAGUCACACCCGGCGUCAUUUGCGCCUACAAACGGAUCAAUGGUCCUGCGCCCGGCGAUGUGGACUACAUGAGGGCCCGUGUGAUCUCCGCAGAGCUCGAGGGCCAGGAAAUGCGCACCGAGAUUGAGUUCUUAGACUAUGGCUUCAAGCGCACAGUCAAGGGCAAAGAUUUGAUAUUUCCCAAGACGCCAAAGCUUAUGCAAAACAUUCGGCUGCUCUGCUCUCAGUACAUAGUCCUAGGCAUCUGCCACGACUGGAGCCAGGCCGAUCUGGCGGUGGUCCACCAGUUGAUUGUCAAUCAGACCGUUCAUUUGGCCAUCGAUGCCACACAGAUUUGUGGUCAGAAAUUUGCCAGCCUGCGCUGGAAGGACUUUCAGCUGGACGAGUUCCUGGUGCAGCAGCGAAAAAUCGGUGCCCCGGUGUCCAGGCAACUCAUGUUGGAUCACUGCCGCAAGCUGUGGAAGGAUGCGCCGCAGACACCGCCCGCUGAGCACAACAAUAACACCAUACACAGCAACUCAAUGACGCCGACGGAUAUCGCACGAGAGCAACUGGCUUCUCGCAGAUCCCUAUCCGCCCGCCUCGAGGCUCAGCGUUCGGUUCAGGUGACAUCGCCGCCCAGACAGCUCAAUGCAGAGGCUGCCGAAUAUGCACCCAAACAGGUGCCACUGGCGAAUGUGACGAAUGUACAGUUGCCAGCGCAUGGCCUGGCCAAUACUCAGAAACCGGCUUACGUGCCGGUUAAUCCUUAUAAUCGUGCCAAUUAUCAGCCCGCUGAGCAGGCUGCUCAACCUUAUGUGCCCAAGGCCGUUGCCGCCACACCCCGAUCGCUUUACAAUUACUAUAAUGUCCGGCUGAACCAGCCGGUUCCACAGAAGGUGGUCCCUCUCAAUAACCAAAUGAUGAACUAUUCACAGUUGAAUUAUGCCGCUGCACGCUUUACUCCACCGCCUACGCCAACGGCGCUGUCACAGAGACCCCAGCAACGCGCCAUUCCUGCUUUUAGGACCACCACCUUAACCGUGGGCCUCACCUACGACGUCUACAUGAGCUUUGUGGAGAAUGCCGUUCACUUGUUUUGGGUGCAAUUGAAGAGCAGCCUCAACGAUUUGACCGCCAUGAUGAGCAAGAUUGAGAAAACGCAUUUGAAGCCGCUGUCGCAGGCUCCAGAAGUUGGAACUGCUUGCGUAGCCCGCUUUGCGGAUGAUGGUAACUUCUAUCGCGCUCUGGUAAGCGGCAUGAUUGGCCAGCGUUUCCGGGUGGUCUAUGUGGAUUAUGGAAACUCUGGGCUGCUGCUCAUUAGCGAUCUCUUUCAAAUACCCCCCGAACUGUUGGAGAUUAAGCCGUUUGCUUAUCGGUUUGCCUUGGCCGGAACCAAGGACAUCGAGCCCAUAGACGAGAGCAUAAGGCGGAUCUUUAAGCAAAUGUGCACCUACAAGAGCUUUCAGCUGACUGUGAAGGCGCCGGAGAGUGUGGGCGCCAUGCAGACCUGCCACCUCAUGCAGAAUGGCUCCAAUAUGCUGGAGAUGCUGCGUCAAAUGAAGAACACUCGCCUUGCAUACACCAAGGCGGAGCAUUUGCAAAACGAUGAUGAAGUGGAGAUCCGUUUUAUUGAUUCGCCAAGCAACUUUUAUGUACAAAAGAUAGCCAAUGUGGCCAAGUUCGGCAAGCUGAUGGAUGAAAUGUUCUCCUAUUACAAUGUCAACCAGAAGGUGCCCGACCAGUUAGUACUGGGUGCCCCCUGCAUGGUGCGCUGCGAACGGGAAUGGUAUCGUGCUGAGAUCCUGCGCGUGGAAGAUACUGUGAUUGUGCGCCACGUAGACUUUGGCUAUGAGCAUUCCGUAAAGCGUCACUGCAUUGCCCACAUAGCCGAAAAGCAUCUCGAAAUGCCACGCCAGGCGGUCAAGUGCUGCCUGAAGGGUUUCGAGAACAGUGAUUUAGGCAAGGACAAGAUUACCGAUACAUUUGAGAUGCUGGCCGAAGACUCGAACAUCCAGCGUCGCACUUUCAAUAUGCGCGUCUUUCGCAUCGAACCCGAUGGCCUUCACGUGGUGAAUCUGAUGGCCAAGAACAUUAAUGUGAUGAAAAAGUUGUACAAGCUAUCGAUGCCCUUCGAGAAGUACCUGUCGCUGGAGAAGGGACACUUUAAUACCACGCCCACAGACUCGUUUCUCUCCUCGGAGCUGGACAAGAGCCAUGUUUUGAACUCUACCAGCAUUGUGGAGAUGGAGGAUCGUGUGCCAGCGAAGGAGAAGCAGCAGCAGCAGAAGCCACAACAGGAGCGUGUUCUUGACUCUGGGAAAGGAAGCAUCACCAAGAACUCGAAUGACUGGGACAAGCGCAGCUCCACAUCGGCAGGAUCCAAGGAUAGCAGGCGCCAGCAGCAGCAACAACCAGCUGAGAGAUUCGAUCGCCAUUUGGAUUCUAGCUUCGAUACCCAGAGCACCGGCAGCUACACCAGUGGCAUGAGUUCGCCACGCAAGGGCAAUCGCCAGCAGAAGGGACGCCUGCAGACUCAGUCGCCCAGGUUGCAGAAUGGAAAACCAGAGGCGAACAAAAAUACUCGCUUUAGCCAGAACGAGUCACCGCGCAAGACUCCCGAUGGCCAGCAAAAGAACCAGCGCUCACAAAAUGCACCCCAGGGUUUUGCCCAAAAGCCGCAGCGACAAAAGUCCACCUUGGACGGCAAUGCCGUCAGCAACUCGAAGCGUUCCAGCGGCAUGGAGAGCGAUACUGCCUCCUCCUCCACCGAAUCCCGACCAGAAAAGUAUGUGCCCCUAGACAAGCCGUAUGUGCAGCAUGAGAUCAAAACUCCCAGCAAGGAGGCGGCCAGUCUAUCCUGGUGGGUCUCACCGUUCCAGUUCUACGUUGUGCCCCAGAGUCUUUCUGCCAAGUAUGAUGGUGUUUUGCGUGAGAUGCGACAGUUCUACCGCCAGAAGCAGCAUCAGCCUCUUCAGCUGAAGUCCGGCUCCACGGUGGUGGUGCGUCAACGCAAGGAUAACGCCAUCCUGCGUGCCACAGUCAUUGCCUGUAAUCACAUGAUACGCAAAUAUCGUGUCUUUUGUGUGGACACUGGCAGUGUGAUCACGGUCACCUCGGAGGAUGUUUGGCCGCUGGAGCAGCGCUUUGCAGAGCCACCGUGCCUGGCCCAACGCUGCACUUUUGACAGCGUGCUGACCAACUAUGAUCCCCUGUACAUUGUGGAUCGCAUGGAGAAGUAUGUGCCGGUCAAUGCCAAGGUGGAGUGCGAAUAUUUGUAUAUGGAGAAGAGCAGCCAAAGUGGAUGUACCUACACGAUAAAUCUAUUUGUAAACGGUGCCUCGCUGCAGAAGACCCUUAUCAAGGCAGAGUUACUCACUGAGGUGGCUCCAGAGGUUCGUGUUAGCCUUCUGGCAGGCCAACAGGUCAGGGGCAAGUUUAGUUUCAUUCGGGACAUGACCAGCUUCAAGAUUCAGCUAGACUACUGCAAUCAUGUAGACAUUAUGGCCUCUUAUGAUGAUGCCAAGUUCAUCAAAUCGAAUCCGGAUUUGGCCAGACGCUUCAAGGAUUUCUACGAGGGCAAAUCCUUUGCUUUUAAUAUCAAAAAUGUCUGCGAUAACAAUAUAAUUUAUCUUCGCCCUGUAAUGCCGCUUUUCAAGGAGGAUCGCAAGGCAUUCAUUUGUCCCCAUCCCGUGGUAUUGAGCUCCUUCCAGGCUCUAGUGGUGUUCACCUCCAAGCCCUAUCGCAUUUUCGUCCAAAAUGUGGCCACAGAGGGUAAAGUUAACAAUCUACUGGAUGACAUGUACGAGUUCUACGAGUCUCAGGGUAUCCCCCUCAAGAAAUAUGAAGCUGGUCAGAUCUGUGCCGCUCGAAGUUUCGAUAAAAAUUGGUACCGCGCACGAAUCUCUGGUAGAGACUCAACGGCAGCACGCACCGAGGUGUUUUACAUUGAUUAUGGCAACACGGAGGUGGUAAAGCGUGAGGAUAUCAGGGCCUUGGACGAUAAGUUUUACGAGAAUAGUAGUGGCUUUGCCAUCGAGGUGAACUUACCCAUUGGAAGGCCCAACGAUGCUGAUAAACUGCAAAAACGUCUGGCUGAACUCCUGGAGAGUAAUGUGGUCACUAUCAAAGCUAUUGAGAUGCGUCGCAAUCAUCUCAUUGCCGAUGCCAUCAUGAAGAGCGAGGAGAGUGUGGUGGAUGUGCUCAAGAAGGAGAAGCUUAUACCCGGCAAGGAUCUGGAUUAUAUGCGCAAGCAAUUGGAUAAGGGAAAGUCUCGCAUUUACGAGUACAUUGAAAUGGUGGAUUUGACGUUGGAUGAUGAGGAGGAAAAGGGGCGUGGCAGCAAGUCGAGUUCGCCCAAGAAGAAGCCACAGAAUGACAGGGAGCCACGUGAACCCAAGAAAUCGAAGCAAGCUCCUUCUCCUUCGCCAGUUCCAGCUAAGGUUCCCUCUCCAGUGCCAGUGGAGCCCAAGCCAGUCACUCCAGUUCCUGUGGCUGUAAAAGAACCAGAAGCCAAGGCCAUAACUCAGCCACCACCACCACCACCACAACCAGAACCUAAGCCUGAGCCUGAGCCCGAGCCGAAAACUGUUCAAGAACCCCCAAAGCUUACUCCUCCCCAGGAGGAUCCCUACAAGGACAUGGAGAAGGCUGUACUCAGUCACUGUAUCAAUCCCACCCACUUCUUUGUCCAUCCCAUUGACCGGCUGCCGGAGGUAUAUCGCUUGCAGGAGAAUCUACAAAUUGUCUCGCCCUCUCUGCCCCAGCUUAGAAAUGUGGUGAAUGGCGCCGAUUGCAUCUCCUUGUACUCCGUUGAUAAGAACUGGUAUCGCGCCAAGAUCAUUGACGCUGAGCUGAUGGUCCUGCUGUUUGUGGACUUUGGCAACACGGACUGCGUAUCGGACACAUCGGACGUCAAGGAGAGUAUGUGGUCGCAUAUCGAACCUUUCAGCCUGCCCUGCGCCCUGCCCAUCAGGCCCAAGAGCACUGCCGAUUGGGUGGAUGCAGCAAAUGGCAUUUUCAACGAAUCCUACACAAAGACCUUGAGCUACGAGUACCUCACCCAGGGCGAUCACCAGACGGUUAGCUAUGUGAAUCUGUUCAUCGAUGGCGAGGAUGUGGCCAAGAAAUUGAUUAACGAUGGCUUUGCUAAGCCGCUGGAGUAUGUGCCCAGUGGCACCACUUGCUACAUCUCACAUGUGAAUGGCAUUUGCGACUUUUACAUCCAAUUGGAGCGGGACUCCAAGGCUCUGGAGCUGAUUGAGAUGUUCUUGAGGGAUGAGGAGAACCCAAAGCCGCUGGAGAGAUUCGAAAAGGGUUCCAUUGUGGCGGCCCUCUUUGAGGACGAUGAGCUUUGGUAUCGGGCCAAGCUGCUAAAGCAAUUGCCGGAUGGAAAGUAUGAGGUGCUCUUCAUUGACUAUGGCAACAAAUCCACCACAUCCAAGUGUCUGCUGCUCUCCGAAGAGAUUGCCAGUUUGCCUAGUCUGUCCAAGAAGUGCUCGCUGCAGCUGCCGGAAGAAUACACAUCCUGGUCGCCGGAAGCGGAGGCCAAAUUUGCAGAGCUCACAGGCGAGGGUGAGCUGAUAUUCACCACGCAGCUGGUGAAGCCCGGUGAGGAUCAGGUUAUAAUACAACUUUUGCUGGAUGGCGAAAACAUCAACGAGCGCCUGCUGCCGCUAUGUCCUAGAAAGGAGCCCAAGGCUGCCAGCAAGGAAUCCUUAAACGAGGGUUCCUCUGUGAAAACCAAAGCUGUCAUUACUCACGUGGAGAGCCCCUCAGAGAUGUACCUGCAGUUUGGCGAAAAGGAACCCUUGAUGGAUAUCAUUAUAGAGAAGCUAAAUGAUGGUACAUUGCAGGCAAAGAAGGAGAAGGGUAAGGUGGAUGAGCUGCUGGUGGCUCAGUUUGAUGAGGACCUGGAGUUCUAUCGGGUUCGCAUUGUGGAGGUGCUGGACAAUGACAAGUAUCGCGUGGUAUUCAUAGACUAUGGCAACCCCUCGGUGGUGGACAAGCUCUACGACAUGCCCGAGGAAUUCAAGACCAUUCCAGCCAUAGCUGAGAUCUGCCGCAUGGAAUCCUGCGAUGAUUUUGAGAAGCACAAAAGUCUCACCCUGGUGAAUAUACAAGCUUUGCUGGACUGCUGCAAUGGGGAUGUGGUAGUGGAAUUCCUAGACAAGUCAGCUAGCCCUCCUUUAGUGAGACUGACCACCAACGACAAGAAGGGUCUAAACAUUUACGAGCAGCUGCAGAAGGUUUUAAAGACAGAGCUGACCAUCAUCCAGAAGCGUAACGAGAACUCGGACUGCAUUAUUUCUCACGGCAGCUCACCCAAAGGCUUCUAUGUCCAGCUGAAGCACAAUUCCCCUGAACUAGAUGUGAUUGUCAAGACCCUAAGGUCCCUGUCGAAGGACCAACUAAAGGUAUUUGAGGCUCCGCCAAAGGAUUCUCAUGGUGUUUGCUACUCCCAGGAGGAUGCCUGCUUUUAUCGCUGCAGCAUCAAGUCGGUUUUGGAAGAGCCCAAGGGCUUUGAGGCCUUCUUGCUGGACUAUGGCAACACCAUAACCGUGCCAGAGAUUUGGAAAUUACCCCAGGGAAUCGAGCAGGUAGCACCGCAGGCUCUGCUUUGCCAGCUAAGUGAACUCCCCGACGAUGUGCCCGAUGAGCAGCUGGACAAGGCCUUUGCUGCCCUGCUGGAGCAGCACUUUGGCGAGGUUUACCAGAUAACCACUCAGCCAAAGGAUGAUGAAUCGAAGCCUGUGUUGGCUAAGCUCUGCAUCAACUACAAGGACUUUGCUCAGGAGCUGGCCAGCACAGUGGCCGGAGUGCAGAAGCCGCUGGAAGCGGAGCUGCACAAUUGCUUUGUGGUGCAGUACGACAGCCCCACCUCCUUCUACGUGCAGAUGGAGAGCGAGGUACCAGAGCUGGAGAAGAUGACAGACAAACUGCUGGACGCUGAGCAGGAUUGGCCUGUUUUCAGUGACCUCAAGGAGGGAGCCCUGUGCGUGGCACAGUUUCCCCAGGAUGAGGUCUUCUAUCGCGCCAAAAUACUCAAGGUUCUGGAAGACAACAAAUGCGAGGUGCACUUCAUAGACUUUGGCAACAAUGCGGUGACCCAGCAGUUCCGCCAGCUGCCCGAGGAGCUAGCCAAGCCGGAGCGUUAUAGCAAGCGCUGCGAGCUGGAGGCGGCCACCAUGGCCAAGUGCGAUACCACUCAGCUGCAAACGUUCAUCGACACGCGCUGCUCCGAGACAUUCCAGGUGGAGAUACUGGCCACCAAGGGCGAGGGCACCAAUGUGGUUCGGCUCUUUUACCAGAGUACGAACAUCAGCGAGAAGCUGCAGAGCCUGCAGAAGGAGGAUUCCUAAACUGGAGGCAGAAUGUGAUUUGUUUUGGCCAAGGAAGCGCCGUAUUAUCGACUAAGUUAACCGAGUUCAACUUAUUCAAAGCCUGGAAGAGGAGGAUACCUCAAGGAAGAAGCUUCAUUGAUUUUUCAUGGAAAACCAAAAUGAAUGCUAGAAAUAUAUUUUAUUUAAUCAACAACAAACAACACAGAACGGAAAACAUAAAACCAUAUUAUCACCAAACAAAAAAACACUAAAAAAAAAUCAACGAAAAACGAAUUAAAAAAAAACGAAAAAAUCACAAAGAAAAUGCAUAAAAAACAAACGAAAAACACUUUAAAAAAUUGUACAAAAAAAUGUAAAAGCUAGAGAAAAUUAUCACUAACUGAAGGAUGUUAGUAGCAAAGGACGAUUUAAGUUUAUAUAAUUGCUCAAGGUUUUGUAAAAAUACAACACACAUUUUACAUAAUCAACGAAGAAAAGUGGAGAGAAUAUCGAACCUCCAAGAGAAUUAUUUAUUUUUCCCCUUAACCUAAUUUGUACUUUUAUUUCUUUUUUCGAUUAACCAACUGAAAAAUCAUUUAUUUUGAGCUUUUCCAUAUUUUCAAUUCUAAACUCAACUUGUAUGUUAACAAACAAAGAAAAAGAGAACAUUGCAAAGCGAAGACUAAAAAUAAAGCAAAUUAAGGAAACUAAUGGAAUAUGGGUUUAUAAAUAUAGAUAUUAAAACCUUAACCAUGAUGUCAUAUUUUUCUACCAAUUCUUUUUCAUGUUGUGAACAAAAACUGUAUAAUAAAUACGAUGAAAAGCAA